AUGAGCAUAGGCAAAAUAUUUUUUGAAAGUCCAAUUUUCACUUUUUUGAAAUUGCAAAAUGACCAAGGUCACUCCCUGAGGAAAUCAAUAUUGGGAAAAGAAAAAACACUGCUAGCAAAUUCUCUUUGCGAAGGUAAAACUGCUCUAGACAUGGCAGGAAGAAGCUUACCAAUCGAAUACUCAGUGAGCCAGCCUGAAGUCAUCUCUAAAUGUGUUAACGCCAGUUUCAAGAAUGUUUUGGCAAUACUAACACCAAACCUUAAGAACUCGUAUAUUAUGGAACACACCAAAGGAGAAACAGAUUAA